AUGUUUCGAAGAUCAUUAAUAUAUAUGAUCUCUAAUAAAAUGGUAGUACCUACUUCAACAACAGCUUCAAAAAUAUCAGAUUUUUCCAAUUCAUUUUCAAAAAUUAUAAUUUUAGAAGGAAAUAUUAGUGCUGGUAAAACAUUUUUGGCAUCAAAGUUAGGAGAUAUUUUAGGAUAUAAAGUAUUUUUUGAACCAACUACUACAAAUCCAUUUUUAGAAUCAUUUUAUAAAGAUCCAAAGAAAUAUGCAUUGAUUAUGCAGUUAUGGUUAUUAAACCAAAGAUAUAACACCUAUUUAAAUGCUCUUCAAUAUAGUAUCGAAAAUGAUAGGGGUGUAAUUUUAGAUAGAUCGGUAUAUAGUGAUUGGGUAUUCGCAGAGAAUUGCAGAUUGGAGGGUUUAAUUAACGAAGAUGGUUUUAAAGAGUACAGUAGAAAAAGAGAACAUUUCCUUUCAAAUAUCCCAAUUCCAAACACAACUUUAUAUCUCGAUGUAAACCCAAAAGAAUGUUUAUCUAGAAUUCAAAAUAGAAAAAGAGAUUGCGAGCUAUCCAUACCCCUUUCUUAUUUAGAGGGUUUAGAUUCUUGUUAUAAAAGUUUUUUAAAAGAAAUGAAACUAAAAGGUUCAAAUGUUAUAGUUAGAGAUUGGAAUAAUUUUGGCGACCCAUUAAAUAUAAUAAAAGAAAUUAAUAGUACCAAUGUAUAUAGCAAUAGUAUAGAUAGAAAGGCUUUAUUAGACCUAGAAUCAAUUCGACAACUAAUUAAUGAAACAGAAAGCGAAAAGAUCAAUUUAAGUGAACAAAAUUUCUUUUUAAAUGAAAGCAAAAAUAGAAAAAAUCUAGUUUAA